AUGUCUAAAAAUGAAUCAACUGAAAUUUUUGUUGAAAAUAUUUAUGUCUCUACAUUCAACCAAUUCCAACAAAAAAUUACAGAAUGGGAUAAUUUAAAUUCAACAGGACAAACUGUUUUACAAGAAAUAAUUAAGACACAUGAAGAAUUUGGAGCAUUCAUCAAUGAUUGUGCUAAUAAAUUCUGCACGAAAGAAAAUGGUUUGUAA